GCUGUCCGCGCGGGGAAGGACGCGGCGGGGCCGGAAGAUGGUCUAGGCGGGUCACGCUCGCCCGCGCCAGCAGGAGGAGGAGAAUGGGGAACACCAAGAGCCGGCCGGGGGCCCCCACCUGCCUGCAGCUGCCCCCCGAGGAGCAGGCCGAGGUCAGCAGGCUGUUCAACCUCCUUGCAGCAGACGCGCGGACCUUCUCGCUGAAGGCCCUCGAGGGCCACGUCGGGGAGGCGCUGCCCCCCGCGAUGGUCAGGCGGCUGUAUGACGGCAUGCGGAGGGCCAAGCCCGUGGGCCCCCACGACGGCGUCUCCCGCGAGCAGCUCCUGACGUUCCUGGCCGGCCUCCUGCGGGGGGGCACCGAGGAGAGGGCCCUCGUGGUGCUUGCGAUGCUCUCUGCCAGCCCCGGCCCUGUCAGCACCGCCGAGGUCCAGAAGUUUGCAGAGGAGUUGGUGGGCGCCGCGGCGUGGGCGCUGCGGGGCUGGACACAGGCAGAGGGCCCGGACUCCACGGCCAGGGUGCGGGCGCUGGCGCUGCAGCUGCUGUCGGAGCUGCAGCCCCAAGGCGACGGCUGCGACCGCGCGGCGCUGGAGGCCUGGCUGGGCCGCGCGCCCCUCGCGGGCACCUUCCUGAGCCUGCUGGCCCACGGGGCGCUGCUGCGGCGGCGCGGGGCGCCCGGGCCGGGCCCGCUGCUGCCCGAGCGGCAGGUGGAGCCGGGGCCCGGCUUCGGCGGGCUGCUGGACGCGCUGUCCGCCGCCUUCCUGAGCGCGCACCUGCCCUCCGCGCGGCGGCACCGCUGGCGCCUGCUCUUCGCCGCCGAGCGCCACGGGCGCAGCUUCGCGCAGCUCUGCGGCCGCCUGGCCCGCCGCGGGCCCUGCCUGCUGCUGCUGCGCGACCUGCAGGGACACGUCUUCGGGGGCUUCGCCUCCUGCUCCUGGGAGGUCAAGCCGCAGUUCCAAGGGGACAGCAGCUGCUUCCUGUUCUCCCUCGCGCCCACCAUGGCCGUGUACCCCUGCACCGGCUACAACGACCACUACAUGUACCUGAACCACGGGCAGCAGACCAUCCCCAACGGGCUGGGCAUGGGGGGCCAACACCACUACUUCGGGCUGUGGAUCGACGUGGACUUCGGGAAGGGCCACAGCAAGGCCAAGCCCAGGUGCACCACCUACGGCAGCCCGCAGCUGUCGGCCCAGGAGGACUUCCAGUUCGAGCAGCUGGAGGUGUGGGCGGUGGGCGACAGCCCCAGCACCGAGGAGAACAGGAGCAGCCAGAGCAUCUUGGACAAGGACCCCGAGGUCCAGGCCCUGCUGGAGGUCAGCGGACUGAGCUUCCACAGCCGGGGGGUGCGGGAGGCCCCCGAAGACGCAUGAGGGCGAGCCCUGGGCCCCCCACAUCACCUCGGACAGCCCUGGUGGGGCUGCUUGCCCUGUGGGUCCAGGGGCGGGGUCCCCCA